UUUAAAAAAGUAGAGCAAAACGCGGCGUUUAAGUUGGGAAAUCUUGCAGGGAAGGAGAAGGAGAAGACGAAGCGCGAUUAAAGAAAGAAGCAAGAACAAACUCCAAAAACCUAUGCUCAUCUCCUUCCAAACGCAAACUCUAUAUUAAAAUAAUUCUAAUUAAAAUAUUAUUAUUUGUCGCUGUUUUUUCAUUUCAUCUUCCUCCACGCAACUAUAAACAAAAAUCCUUCUUCUUCUUUUUCUUCUUUCCCUUUGCGUUGUUCUUGUUUUUCUCAUAAUAAUCGAAAUUCAUUGUUUAACUCGAUUCUCUCGUUACUGUUUCAUCAUCUACAAACUCUUCUGUUUACUUCAAGGUUCAGCUUGCCCCUUUGGGACUUUGGCGUUGACAGUUUUGUAUGACUUUUCUCUCAUGAUCAGACCCUUGUUAUAACCGUUUUGGUCUUUGGGGAAUGGACUGGCUGUUUACACCUACUAUUAGUGUCUGUGAACAAUGUUUAGCAGACCAAGUGGUUCUGGCGCUUUUAGUAUAUUCAAAUGGAAACAGAAAGGUGCGUCAUCUUUGACAAGAGGUUUACUUCAUGAUGAUUCGCCGGAGAUCGAAUUGUCUAAUUACGGAAGGAUCCCAAGUCCAGGAAGUGAGAGCCCUUCCGAUUUCCUCAAUGGAGAAAGUGUAUAUGUAGAACCAAUUGCUGAUUUGGAUCUCUUCUUUGAAAGACUUUAUGGCUACUACUGUGAGAAAGGGUUAUGGUGUAUUGUUACAAAGUGGAUUGUUGAACUUCUAAGUCUGGGGUUCACCAUAUGCUUUUCAGGAUUUUUUUUAUUAUUUGUUGAUUGGAAUGGGCUCCGUAAUGCAAAAUGUGGGAUGGAUGCUGUUGAAUCUGGAAUUAAGCCCUGUGAUCUUGGCAAAGAAGCUCUUAAUCAACACCCUUUAACCCCACUCACACUUACCAAAGCUAUUAUUGUUGGAUACUUGGGAAUUUUUUCCUUCUAUUGGAUGUUUUGCUUCCUGCGAUUCUUUGCUCAACUAAAGGAUAUUCUCGAAAUCCGCCAGUUUUACUACAGCAGUCUUCAUGUCACUGACAAUGAAAUUCAAACUAUGCCCUGGGCCAAAAUUGUUGACAAAGUUGUUCUCGUUCAAAAUACUCGGAAACUAUGUGUGCUGAAGGAUCUUUCUGCCCAUGAUAUAGUCAUGAGACUGAUGCGGAAGGAGAACUACUUAAUUGGAAUGCUCAACAAGGGUGUGCUUGCUUUCCCCAUUUCACAAUGGUUUCCAGGGGCUGGUCCUACUGUUCAAUCUAGUCCUGAUGGAGCACAAUAUCGUUUAGUACUUAGCAAGACCCUUGAAUGGACUUUAAAUUGGUGCAUCCUACAUAGCAUGUUUGAUCGGAACUUUUGCGUCAGAAGGGAUUUUGUGUCAAAUCCAAAAACAUUACAGAAAAGGCUUAUGGUAGUUGGGUUUGCAAUGCUUUUACUUUCUCCAUUCCUUGUAAUAUUCAUGCUGGCAUAUCUCUUUCUGAGGCAUGCUGAGCAAUUUUAUAAUCACCCAAGCACAGCAUCAUCUCGAAGAUGGUCAAAUUUGUCUAGGUGGAUUUUUAGGGAAUUCAAUGAGGUGGACCAUAUCUUCAGGCAUCGGAUUAAUAACAGUGUAUCACAUGCUUCUGAUUAUCUCAAGCAAUUUCCUUCACCUAUCAUAUCUAUCAUUGCAAAAUUCAUAUCUUUUGUAUCGGGUGGCUUUGCUGCAAUUCUGAUCAUUAUUGCUUUUCUCGAGGAGUCUCUGCUAGAGGGCCAUAUAUUUGGUCGGAACUUGUUUUGGUAUGCUGCUGUUUUUGGAACUAUAACUGCUAUUAGCCGGGCUGCAAUUGCAGAUGAGCUUCUGGUCUUAGAUCCCGAGGGAACAAUAUCUAUGGUGGUUCAGCAUACACAUUAUAUGCCAAAGAGAUGGCGUGGCAAAGAAAUUACUGAAGUGGUCCGCAUUGAGUUUGAAACAUUAUUCCAGUAUACUGUAAUGAUGUUACUUGAGGAGAUGGCUUCAAUUUUCCUCACUCCAUAUUUACUUCUGUUUAUUGUCCCAAAGGUCAUUUUCGUACUUGGAGAUUUAUUUAUAUGGGCCAAGUAUACUGUAUUUCACAGUAAUUUGUUUUCUUUCAUUUUGCAGCGAGUUGAUGAUAUCUUGCAGUACAUUGCCGAUUUCACUGUAAAUGUUGAAGGUGUUGGGCAUGUUUGCAGUUUUAGCACCUUUGAUUUUCAAGAGCAUGGAAACUCUCAUUAUGGUUCCCCAUAUAAUGCCUCUCGUAGCAGAAGGAGUUCACAGGGGAAGAUGGAGAAAUCAUUGUUGAGCUUCCAGAGUAGUUAUCCAUCAUGGGAACCAAAUACUCAGGGGAAGCAGUUUUUGCAAAAUCUUAGAACAUUCAGAGAGCGGAAGUUAUCAGUACAUGGAAACAUACACACAUCUUCCCCUCCUAGAAUGUGGAGGGGUAGUCCCAAUACGGCAGGCGAUGAAGACAAAAACAGGUUUAUAUCCAGGGAAAUGCCGUACAGUACUUUUGCAACUGGCAAUCACUUGGAUUCUUUGUGGUUGAUUGAAGCCAACCAGAACCAUCACCCCUAUCUUCUUGAUUGGUACUACACAGCUCGACCUCAUGAUGCAACUUCAAGAGAUGUUCCAUUAGAACCAUACGGAAUAAAAGAACAUUAUUCCAGAGACUAUUCGAUGCCUUCCAACUUGACACAGAAUGAACCCGAGUAUGAAGAAGAAUACUCAAAUGAGUCCCAUGAGGAUCGGGCUGCAUCUCAACUUGGGGCUUCCACAUCAGCUCCCAUCUUUAGGGAGAGCUUUAUUCAGGACCAAAAUUAUAAUGAACUGCCCCAUGCUACCAGAAGCCAUUGGUGGGCUAGAAGUCGCCUACAGAGUGGACAAGCUCAGGCAAGCUUUUACGAGCCUCCAGAUUUCAAUGACCAAACAACAUAUAAUUAUCAUGACAAGUUUUCUGAUAGAGGGUCAGAGGAUCAAGACCAAGAACAACACUUUUACUGGAGAGAUCAUCACAACAAAUUAUCUAGAACAACAAUGACAGAUGACUUAGAGGAAGGAGAAUUUAAUCUACAUUUUGGUGAUGUUUAUAACAGACCUCCAGAAACUCCCACUAUAAAUACCAGCACUGGUAGCUUUUGAGUAAUAAUAGCUUUGUCCCUCUCCCACAUUUUUUGUUUGGGAGGUGCUUUCAAUUAAAUGGAAUGCAUGAAUUUCCAAGUCAUGAUUGUCCCUUUCUAAUUGUUAUUUGGAAAUUCUAUUAUUUGCUGUACAUAGAUUCAUUUGGUGAGUUAGACUGUUAAAUGAACCUCAGUUUUUGGAAUUUAAAAACGUCUUAAUGAUGCCUUCCAUUUUCAGAUGUAAAGACCCCAGCAAAAUAGUCUGGCAA